UUUUACUUAAUGGCGUUCUUAACAGAAUCAGGUACUGUUUAAAAAAACAUAAUUGACCGUUAUCUCCAUCUUUAAAGAGACCGCUGGUGGACGUGACCAUAGGUUUAAGCCUGUCAAAACACAGCGACGCAGCAGGAAGCUAACGUUAGCCGUUCACUCCCACACAGAGAGUCAUCACAGAGACACGCUCACGAUUAUUUUAUUUAGUUUUAAUAAAAAAAUUGUACCUGUCGCAAACGUUUACAGCCCACAUGUAUUCCCUAACAACUUCGUUUGUGUUAGCUUAGCGUAUUAGCAAAUUUAAAGGCGUGUUUUUUAUUUUUCACCUACUGUUUGAUUUUGACGUAGUGGCUUUUAAUUGCAUUUUGAGACAUUCUGUAAACGAAUAACACAUAUUAGAAAAGAAUAUUCGGUUUAACCAGAUAAUUGAAACUUCUUAAAAUACGUUUAGAUAUAUGUUUCUCGUAAAAACAUUCGCCUUUUAUCCAUAAUUGUUUCUGUGAGCAUUAACCAGUGGGGUCUUGACAAGCAUGAUAAUGUAUUCUGUCAAUGUCCAACUGCACUAAUUGGCAUCAAAACCUGGUUUCAAUGAUCACGAUCCUAAUCCGUUGCAGUAAGUAAAAUGAUAAAAAAGCCUUUAUUGUGUAUUUUUUUCCUGUAUGUUUUCCUUCUAAUGUGACAUGUUCUAAACCAGCACCGAAAUCAAUCAAAACUCGAUUAAAUGGAUGUGCCUUUAUUUCCCUCAAUCUGGUCGAUAGAGUGAAUUUGGCCAAAGAAAAUGGUCACUCUUAUUUCUACAUGGUUAUUUGUGGUAAAGGGCUAUGUCAUCUAAAUCUACCUAUUAAAAUCGAACUAUUUAGUUGGUUGCUCUGUAGUUGAUUGCAUAUCCAUUUGUUUCAUAUGAUUGUGGAAUAUCCUCAGACUUUGUUCUAAGUCAGGAUAAAGAUGUGGGUGAAGACUAAGUCAGAGUUUUGGUUAUGUAGGCGAUGGGUGGUGAUAACGCUUUGGAUGUCGGUGCGCGUCUUGACAAGAAUUCUGUGUGUAAAUGUGAAUGUUUGUCAUGGCUACAACAUUGACCCUAAGACUUUAUGUCAACAAAUCUGUCUGUGUGGAGUCUGAGGGUCUUGAACGCAUAUCUUUUCAACAAAAAACAUAUCACCUUUGUGAUUUACGAUCCAAGUAAAAGACUGACUUCAUCCACGGUACGAAGUCCGGCUGUCUCAAUUUACAAAACCCAAGGCCUUGAAAACUGGACUUUUUUGGACACAGUGCCUCUUGUGAAAUUUUUUUUUUCACAACAUUUUUAUUAUGCAACACUAAGAAGACUGCACAAAGUGCAACUCUCACGUUUGUCACAAAUGUUUUUCAAAGAGCAGAAAAAUUCAAGAUUAUGCAAAUAACCCACGGUGACCAGACAGGGAUCAGAUGAGCAAACCUGGAGCAGUGAGGAGUGAGAAACAUGUUGUGACUUGUAGUUAGGAUAAGAUUGGUGUUAAGGCUUUCCCUGUAAAAGCUGAUGUAAAUCAGUGCCUCUCCCUGACAAUAAUGGCUGCACAGCCCAGUGUUUGGGAUUGUGUGUCUGUGUGUGAGUUUUCACCCUGGGUGAAUGUGUGCAGUACUCCAUCAGCAGGAUUAGCCCUGUUUCCAUAGUUUCAUCUCUGGUCUCCUUAGAGGAGCUGUGACAUCAUCAGCACAGCCUCCUCCCCCUCUCUUCGUCUCUGUGUUGUCAGAGAUGAGUCACUGUGGCAGCUCCAGAGCUCAGCGACUGUUGUUCUGUAUUUCACGAGCAUCCUCUGGCCCUUCAGGUGGUGACCUGCACCAAACUGUCUGAACCGCUCGACACGCUGGAGGGAAUCGGAGCUAAACUGUGCUCCACGAUGUUACUGGAAUAAAGACUCCUCCUCCCGCUCCUUCUUCCUCCUCAUCUUCUUCUUCCGUCUCACUUCAGCCGAAACACAGCAGCAGCACCAGGAGAAGACACUGUGAUGGCCACAGCCGUGAUGAGACUCCCUGUGUUCUGUGUCAUGGUGCUAGCCUUCAUGAGGCACAGCCAUGGCUGGGGGCACCAGUCAAAAAGGUCUCAGGAGGAUGUGCUGUUGGAUCCCUACAGCUGUGUUUCCAGAACAAAGCAGCCACUGGUGAUAGAAAACCCUGACAACUUCUCCAUGGACAUACGGAUGCCGGGUGUCGUCCCAAAGACGUCGGACACUUACCUCUGCAUGGCCUUUCCUGUGCCAACAAGUCAAGAUGUUUAUAUUGUGGACUUUAUACCUCAUGCCAGUAUGGACACUGUGCAUCACAUGAUCCUGUUUGGCUGCCAGAGGCCCGUCUCUACCAGCAACUACUGGGACUGUGGCAGUUCCGCGGGCACCUGUAAGGACGAGUCCUCCAUCAAGUACGCCUGGGCCCGCGACGCCCCACCCACCAAGUUACCUAAAGAUGUUGGUUUUAAAGUUGGGAGAAAAUCAGGAUCAUCCUACUUUGUGCUGCAGGUUCAUUAUGGAGACGUCAGUGCUUUCAGGGACCACCACAGAGAUUGCUCAGGACUCUCAGUGAAAAUGACGUCCAAACCGCAGCCUUUCAUCGCUGGCAUCUACCUGCUCAUGUCUGUGGACACAGUCAUUCUUCCAGGGAAGAGAGUCACAAACGCAGACAUUGCCUGCGACUACUCGUCCUAUCCCAUCUACCCGUUUGCCUUCAGGACACACACGCAUCACCUCGGGAAAGUAGUCACUGGAUACAGGAUCAGAAAAGGGAAGUGGAGCCUGAUUGGACGACAGUCUCCUCAGCUGCCACAGGCUUUUUAUCCUGCCAACAAAGAUGUGGAUGUGAAGUACGGUGACACCUUAGCUGCCAGAUGUAUGUUUAGCGGGGAAGGCCGAACCUCCAACACUUACAUUGGUGGAACCUCUGCAGAUGAAAUGUGCAACUUCUAUAUCAUGUACUACAUGGAUAGCAAACAUGCCAUUCCCUACAUGUCCUGCAUGGAGACAGGAUCUGAAGAGCUGUUCCAAAACAUUCCAGCUGAGGCCAGCAUUCCCAUCCCUGUCAGCCCUGGUCACUCCAUGAUGCACAUGGGAUCAUCGAAAGAUCACGAAGAAGAAAGUUCGCAUACGCACGAAAAUAAUAGAGAGCAAGACGAAGGUGACCUCUAUUCUCUCAUGUCCAAACUUCUAGGCCACAGUAAGGACGUAGCUCGCACUCAUAGGUACAAUCCCCGGGCUGACCUGGUGGCUCAGAUUGAUAGUUUAAUGCAAAAGAAAGACCUGGCUUUUCCCAGUGCUUCACUGGGCUUCCUGACUGGAAGGCAGGACCCUGUGCUGGCGAGGGACCGAGUCCACAGGUUCCACCAGCUCCAGGCUACGUCUAAGCCCCACAGGGGCAAGAUGGUAUCUGAAGGAGAAGACAACCACCUGGAACAAGUGUCCAGUUGGCCGCAGGAAUCUCUGCAGCUGGGUCAAGUCUCAGGUCUCGCCGUGGACUCCAACUCUAACCUGGUCAUUUUCCACAGAGGGGAUCGCCACUGGGGGGCCGAGUCCUUCAACAGUCAAGCUCAGUACCAGGAAAGAUUUCUGGGUCCCAUCCAGCAGUCCACGAUCCUGGUGGUGGAUCCAAACAGAGGCAACAUCCUGAAAGCGUCAGGCAGAAACAUGUUUUAUCUGCCUCAUGGAAUAACAACAGACGAGGACAACAACUACUGGGUCACAGACGUGGCUCUUCAUCAGGUGUUCAAGGUGACCGGCGACGGCAGAGAGAGGACACUGCUGACACUGGGAGAAGCUUUCACACCAGGAAGUGACAGCAGCCACUUCUGUAAGCCCACCGACGUGGCCGUGGACACGAAGACCGGAAACAUCUUUGUCUCUGAUGGCUACUGCAACGCCAGGAUCCUCAAGUUCUCUGCUGACGGCAGAUACCUGACAGAGUGGGGAGCAGGUUCAUCCGACAGGAGGAGGCGUUUGCCGUUCCGCAUCCCUCACAGCCUGGUCUUCCUUCCAGACAGACAGGAGGUGUGUGUGGCUGACAGGGAGAAUGGACGCAUCCAGUGCUUCAUUGCCGAAACUGGAGAGUUUGUCAAGGAAAUUAAGAAAGAUGAGUUCGGAGGGAGUGUGUUUGCCAUCAACUACAGUCCUGCUGGAGAUGGAUUGAUCUUUGCAGUAAAUGGACAGUCCUCAUAUCUCUCCAUCCCACUCAAAGGCUUUGUGAUCAAUUAUUCAACUAAGGAUAUUUUGGACACUUUUGCUCCAAAUACAGAGGACUUUGUGAUGCCUCAUGACAUUGUUGAAACCCAGGAGGGCAGCGUGUUCGUGGGGGACGUCGGCACUCAGGCAGUCUUCAAGUUCACCGACGGAAAAUCACACCACUCUGUGAAGAAGGGAGAUAUUGAAGUUCAGCAGCUGGAAGAAAUGGAGACUUUCAUCCAGACCAAGACGAGGCCUGGACCCAACGCCUCAAAGAUGGCCGUGGUCAAGGAGAAGCAGCUCACGGCUCAACAGCCACCGCGGCAGGAGCAGCAGUCGCAGAGCAAAGAGGAGGUGAAGGUGGAGGAGAUGAAGGAGAAGAGCGCGGUGAAGACGCACAAGGACUCAGGAGUGUUUCCUGUUGUCAUGACAACGCUGCUGCUCGUCCCUCUGCUGCUCGUCAUCUCCAUCGGCCUCUUCGUCUGCUACAGGAGAAACCAUCAGAGUGAGGUCAAGACCGAGCCCACUACAGUGGGAGGAAUCCUGGGAAAAAUAAGAGGCAAAGCAGUGGGCAGCCUAAACCUGGGCAACUUCUUUGCGACCCACAAAGGCUACAGUCGUCAGGGCUUCGACCAGCUGAGCACCGAGGGCAGCGACCAGGAGCGGAACGAGGAUGACAGCAGCGACUCCGAGAACGAGGAGUAUUCCGCUCCCCAACUGCCCCCGCAGCCCUCCUCCCCCCCCUCCUCUUAGAUGAUCCCCUGCUUCUUUUUGCCAAGAUGUAUGUUAUUCAUCAUGUGUGCAAAACUGUUGUGUUUUCUGCCAAUCUAAUGGUUUACAUAGCUAUAUUUAAAGAUAUAUAAAUAUAUAUAUAAAUAUACUGUAAAUACAAAUCAUUUAGAAAAAGGUUUAUUUAAUCCUAAUUUAAUUUAUCUGUGCAUCUGGUUAUGAUUCACAGUCAAGUAGCUUGGAAAAUGAUUUUCCCCCGAGUCAGACUUAGAGAGAAAUAUCAGACUCAGC